AUAAGUAAGAUUUCAGUUUCACACAGCACCUCCUCGUUUCCGUAUAUUUUUCUUUGAUUUGCAUAAAAAUAAAGAAAAACAAAAAAAGAUGAACAAUUUAGCUCGUUUAUUUACUCAAAGUCUACGAAUUUCCAAUAAAACUAUUCUCGGAUCAUCAAUUCAAUAUCGUCAAAAGACCAAAUAUGUUGAAAAACCAAAACCAGGCGGUGGAAAGUCAUUCCGCCGAAUUGUCCACUUCACCGACGAGUACACAGUUGAACCUUUAAAAAUCAGCCAUUUAGCCGGUCGAGAUCCAGAGACUGGACGUAUGGUAGCUAAAGGUAUUGGCGGAGGUAUUAAACAAAAAUAUCACUGGGUUAAAUGGGUUCGAGAUGGACCACUCGAAGGUCCACCUCAAUUAGAAAGAGUUGUCGAUGUUAUUAAUGAUGGAUGUAGGACGUCGAAGAUAGCACUGGUUGCAUUUGGUGACGAAUUGAAAUAUAUAUUGGCAACAGAGAAUAUGAAACCAGGAGAUAUAAUUAAAACUUCAAAGUUUAUUCCCAGAAUUCCAGUUCGUCCAAAUGAAGGAGAUGCUUUUCCACUUGGUGCUUUACCCACAGGAACGAGAAUUCAUUGCCUGGAGAAGAAUCCCGGUCAGCCUUGUCAUUUAAUUCAUGCUGCAGGAACAUUUGGAACGAUUUUGAGAAAGUUCGACGAUCGAGUUGUAGUGCAAUUGCCUUCUAAAAGGGAAUAUGCAUUUGACAAAACCUGCAUGGCAACUGUUGGUCGGGUUUCGAAUAUUGAGCAUAAUAAAGAGCAUGUGGGCAGUGCUCAGAAAAUGAGAGAAAUGGGCAACCGUCCUCGAUCUGGGUUGUGGCAACGUAAGGGUGGCAGACAUGGUCGCAAAAUUAGAAAAUUACCCCCUAUGUCGAUAAUCAAGCCACCUCCAGUAGCACCAGAAGAAACGAUUAAAUUCACUCUUAAUUUAUAAGACACUUGCUUACCUAAUAAAAAAAAUGUUUGUUGAUAA